GCAGAUCACGCACAAUCACGCACGGACACGCAGACAGAGCGCGCGGGAUGUGUGCGAUCUGACAUACAGCGGCUCAUUACAGCAGAAAUCAGCAUCAUGACGAGGUCUGUGCUGGAGGAGCAGAUGUCAGUGGAGUCGGAUGAGCAGCAGGAGCUCUGCAGCCCUGCAGAAAGAGAGAGGAGUGGAGAAGGAGUUACAGGUGGAGGAGGGGAGGAGGAGGAGGACCGCUUCCAUCAUCUAGAGGAGGAUGAGGAGGAUGAUGAAGAGGAGGAAGAGGAGGAAGAAGAAGAAGACGGGGAGAGCAAACCCAAAAGGCGAGGGCCCAAGAAGAAGAAGAUGACAAAGGCUCGUCUGCAGAGGUUUAAGGUCCGUCGGAUGAAGGCUAACGCCCGGGAAAGAAACCGCAUGCACGGCCUGAACGAUGCCCUGGAGAGUCUGCGAAAAGUCGUCCCCUGUUACUCCAAAACGCAGAAACUAUCAAAAAUUGAGACACUGCGCCUCGCCAAGAACUACAUCUGGGCCCUGAGCGAGAUACUGCGCUCUGGAAAGGCACCUGACCUCAUGAGCUUCGUCCAGGCACUCUGCAAAGGUCUGUCUCAGCCGACCACUAAUCUGGUGGCGGGCUGCCUGCAACUUAACCCUCGGACGUUCCUGCCAGAGCAGACUCCAGACCUACCGGCUCACCUUCCCCCUGUCGGUGCCAGUUCCUACCCCGGACAUUUUCCCUACCAGAGCCCCGGGCUUACGGCCGGCCUGCCCAGCCCUCCCUACGGCACCAUGGACCCCUCUCACAUCUUCCACCAGGUCAAAGGUCAACCCUACGGCCCACUGGAGCCCUUCUUUGAUGGCGUCCUCGUGUCGGACGGCCCGGCGUUUGACCCGCCGCUCAGCCCACCGCUCAGCAUCAACGGGAACUUCUCCUCGUCCUUCAAGCACGAGGCCGUCGCAGCCACCGAUUACGACAAGAGCUUCUCCUUCAGUGUGCACUAUGGAGGCGGGGGAGCUGGAGGACACCCUGCCAUCUAUGGCAGCGGGGGUUCCAAUCCACGCUGUGGUGACCUACAAGUGGACGGGCUGAUGGGCUUUGACGGACACUCACACCACGAGCGGCUGAUGAACGCCCAGCUGAACGCCAUCUUCCAUGACUCCUGAGGAAGAAGAGGACGAAGGACUGAGAGACUGAUGAAGACAGAGAGACCUUUGUAUGGAAAGACAGUCUUGUGUACUUCUAUCGUUUUAAAGCUGUCUUUCUGUCUGUCCUUGCUUUUUUUCUUUCUGUCUGCGUCAGGCUCUGCGACUCAUCCUGACAACGGCGACGUCGCAAAGAUGUCACCUUGAUGUAACCUUCUUUGUAGCACUUCAUCCUGCGGGAGACGCUCUCUGAAUGUCUCGUUAUUAUCCAUAUUAUCACUUAAAAAUAAUCAAUAAUCAAUGAGCAAUAAUCUGGAGUAAACUAUGCAAUUUUGUUAAAAAUCUGAGUGACCCUCAGUAUAAUAAUUCCAAAUGUUGAAAGAAUAAAGAUUUCUCUAUUUUUGGGUCAGUGUGUGAGGCAGCGUUGGGCCGGUGAUGGGCCGGUGAUGAGCUGAAGUGUUUAUGUGAUUUUUAUUUUUUGCUUUUUAUAACAUUCCUGUAGUGUUCUGUUAACAUUUCAUGUGACUCUUGUUCAUAUUUUAUAAGAUAGAUGUUUAUAAAUACCUUUUAUUAAAAGGGAUUCAAUGUGAUCCGUC